UGCAACAACUUUCUCACAGUCAAUACAGACCUACAAGAAACAAACCCAAAAAUCAAAAUGUUCAAGUUGGUGGUAUUGUCUGCUCUCCUCGCCGUAGCUGCUGCUGCUCCCCAUGUCGUCGAAACCCCUGUGGUCUACUCUGCGCCCGCCGCCUCCGUAGCCGUGCAGGAGCCAGUGCUCGCCAAGGUGGGAUCUGUGGUGAAGAGCGUACCAACCGCUGUCUCCCACCAGAGCUCCACCGUUGUGCACAGCUCGGCGGUCGCUGUUGAGGAUGUUGUGGCCCCUGCCGUAAAGACUACCUACUCCGCACCCGUUGUUGCCGCCGCUCCAGUUGUGAAGACUGUGGCUGCUGCUCCAGUUGUACACCAGACCUAUGCCGCAGCCGCUCCAGUUGUGCACCAGACCUACGCCGCAGCUGCUCCAGUUGUGCAUCAGACCUAUGCCGCAGCUGCUCCAGUAGUGCACCAGACCUACGCUGCUGCUGCUCCAGUUGUACACCAGACCUACGCUGCUGCUGCACCAGUCGUCCACUCAUCUCCUUUGGUGCACACCACCUAUGGUGCUGAUGUGGUUGCUGCUCCCGCUGCUGUUGCCGCUUCCUCACCACUCACCUACACCGCUCACGAUUUGUGGUAAGCAAUAACAAAAUGAAUAGACGACGGAUAGAUAACGUAUUGAAUUAUGGACUAGAGUUGGAUGGUUAAAUUGAGAAUUUUGUGAUUGUUUAGUUAAGUAAAUACAAUUUUGAAAAUCAAA